AGAAAAAGAGUAGUGACUUGGUUUUUGAGAGUCCCGAGGUAGGUGUCUCUAGAACAGUGAGAAAAAUAGAUACUACUACUCUUAUACUAGUCUCUGCGCACAACCCUCCGUUCUCCCUUUCUCCCUUCUUCAAUGCCACUCUUCUUCCUUUCUCUUUCCCACUGAGAGAGACUGCAAACUAAUUUCUAGUAUUCCGACACAGAUAAUGGAUCCGGCGGCGAUGAUGAACGGCGGCGCCAACGCGACGUCGUAUCACCUGUCAGAGAUCUGGCAGUUCCCGCCUCCCAACGCGCCAGACGAGCUGGGACUCAGAAGGCCCCACUUCACCCACGGCUUCGCGGACUUCGCCCCGGAUCCGACCCGAGACGCCGUCCCGGGUCGCGACCCGGCCAGCAUUGCCCAGAAGAAGCGCCGCGACGCCUCGGCCGAGGAGGAGGAAUCCGCUAAGGGCGCCUCCACCACCAAUGCCGUGAAUGAGGGGGGUGGUGUUGGUGAUGGGAAACGGGUCAAGACGAGUGAGAGUGGGAAAGGUGAAGGAGAAACCAGUUCAGGAAAGCUUGCGGAGCAAAGUGGUAAGCCACCUUCGGAGCCUCCAAAGCAAGACUACAUUCAUGUCCGAGCCAGAAGGGGUCAAGCUACUGAUAGCCACAGUCUUGCAGAAAGAGCUAGACGCGAAAAGAUCAGUGAGAGGAUGAAAAUUCUUCAGGAUAUAGUCCCGGGUUGUAAUAAGGUUAUUGGGAAAGCAUUGGUCCUUGAUGAGAUAAUUAAUUAUAUCCAAUCGCUUCAGCGGCAAGUAGAGUUUUUGUCAAUGAAGCUUGAAGCAGUAAAUUCAAGACUGGCCCCCAGAAUUGAAGUGUUUCCUCCUAAAGAUUUUGAUCAGCAAACAUUUGAUACAACUGGCAUGCCGUUUGCUUCCCAAGCUACAAGAGAGUAUAGCCGAGGUUCAUCGCCAGAAUGGUUACAUAUGCAGGUUGGAGGUGGUUAUGAAAGAGCAACGUAGUCUUUGAAAUCCCAUCACCUGAUAAUAAAUGCAUAUAGGAUCAUUAAUCUCUCCAUCAGAGCUCCCAUAAAUCAUAUACUCAAGGUGUUGUUGUUUAGUCCUAUAGACACCUCAUUCCCUGUUUUCUACAAGAGGCAUGGAGCUGUGGUUUGUUUCCACAGGAUCACUAGUUAGUACUCAAGCAACUCCAUUUGUUAGUGUGUUGGAAAAUGAAUUCAUUUACCCAAUAUGUAGUUUAGUAUGCUGAUACUCUUCAUUCAUAACCUUUAAAAUGAUAGUUAUUAUUCUUGUAAAAGAAUGCUGCUUGUCCUGAAUACAUAAAGGCUUACAUAUUGUGUAAUAGUAUCAACAUUGUUGUUUGUCUGUGAAGCUGUGUUGAAUAAAUUAAGCCCAUGUGAUUUUGUUAAA